GCCGCCGCGCGUUCGCGCUGGGGAAGUUUGUCCCGGGCGCCGCGCCGUCUCCCCGCCCGCGCCGCUGCCAUGGCGGCGGCUCCGCCGCUCUCCAAGGCCGAGUACCUGAAGCGGUACCUGUCGGGGCCCGAGGCCGGCGCCCACGGGGGGCCCGAGGCCGGCCGCAAGCGCCGCAAGAAGCGCCCGAAGCCUGUCGGCGCCGGCGGCAAGGGGAUGCGGAUUGUGGAUGACGAUGUGAGCUGGUCAUCAAUUUCCGCCACGAAACUGGAGAAGGAAGAAGAGGAAGACGAUGGAGAUUUGCCUGUGGUGGCUGAAUUUGUGGACGAGCGGCCGGAAGAGGUCAAGCAGAUGGAAGUCUUCCGCUCCAGUGCCAAGUGGAAGCUUCUGGGAGGCCAGAAGGAAGAGCUGCUCUCAGAAAGACAGUCCCAGCAAGAGGCCCUGGGUUCGUCUUCUAAGGAUUGUCUCCACGACACGCCGGAUCCUUCUCCCCAGAGGACCCGUCACGACACCCCGGACCCUUCUCCCCCCCGGAGGGGCCGUCACGACACCCCGGACCCUUCUCCCCCCCGGAGGGGCCGUCACGACACCCCAGACCCUUCUCCCCCCCGGAGGGGCCGUCACGACACCCCAGACCCUUCUCCCCCUCGGAGAGGCCGUCAUGACACCCCAGACCCUUCUCCUCCCCAGAGGGGCCGUCAUGACACCCCAGACCCUUCUCCCCCCAGGAGGGGCCGUCAUGACACCCCAGACCCUUCUCCCCCCCGGAGGGGCCGUCAUGACACCCCAGACCCUUCUCCCCCUCGGAGGUCCCGUCACGACACCCCGGACUCUUCUCCCCGCCGGAAGCCUCAUCAUCAUGCUUCAGGUGUACCCCCUCAGAGGGCCCGUCGUUCCACACCAGACCUGUCCCCUCCUAGGAGGGCGCGUCCCAGCCCCCCCGAAACAUCCCUGUCUGGAAGGACUCAUGGCUGCUCGGACACGGCCCAGCACAGGAAAGCUCACCACGGCUCUCGGGACCUGGACCCAAGUGCCCCUCAUUCAUUGACCAAAGCCCAGAGCACCAGAGCUCCAGAAAGAACCUCUAGCAAACACGACUCCAGCACAGACCUGUCCCCUCCCCGGAAAAAGCAAGCCAAGACCCACUAUGCAGUGCGUAAACCAAGCCCAGGGCGCCAGGAUUCCGAUUCUGAUCUGUCUCCUCCACGGAACCGACCCCGGCCGCAGAGCUCCGACUCUGACCUCUCCCCGCCAAGGAGGAAGCGGAGGGCCAGCUCUUCUGAUUCGGAUCUGUCUCCGCCCCGAAGGAGUCAGCCUCGGGGAAAGAAGGCUGCUCACAUGUAUUCUGGAGCUAAAACGGGGCUGGUGUUAACAGACAUACAGCAGGAAGAGCAGGAGCUCAGGAAACGGGACCGAGACACUGUGGCACUUGAAGCUGAAUUCCAACAUGCUGAAACUGUAUUUCGAGAUAAAUCUGGUCGCAAGAGAAAUUUGAAACUGGAACGUUUAGAGCAAAGGAAAAAAGCAGAGAAGGACUCAGAGAGAGAUGAGCUAUAUGCCCAGUGGGGGAAAGGGCUGGUCCAGAGCCGGCAGCAGCAGCAAAAUGUGGAGGAUGCCAUGAAGGAGAUGCAGAAGCCUCUGGCCCGCUACAUUGAUGAUGAAGAUCUGGACCGGAUGCUGAGAGAACAAGAGAGAGAGGGCGACCCCAUGGCCAACUUCAUCAAGAAGAAUAAGGCCAAGGAAAGCAAGAGUAAGAAAGCGAGACCCCGCUACAGCGGCCCGGCACCUCCCCCCAACAGAUUCAAUAUCUGGCCUGGAUAUCGCUGGGACGGCGUGGACAGAUCCAACGGGUUCGAGCAGAAGCGCUUUGCCAGGCUUGCCAGCAAGAAGGCGAUCGAGGAAAUGGCUUAUAAGUGGAGUGUGGAGGAUAUGUAACCAUCCGGGGGCCGUGGAGGUGGCCAUGGAUCGUGCUGGUGAACGUAGGACAGCCUGUUGUCCAGCAGUAACUGUGUCUCGGGUCAUAACCGGAGUCCGUGCGUCCCAGCCACCUGUGGAGCGCCAGUUUGCCCACAGAAGAACCGUGCACCUGUUUGGGCCCAGGCUUGGCCCCGAGCGCGCCGGCACACACUGGCACUCGCUGGCCUCCAGGGGGCGCACCGACCCUUCCGUGUCCUGGGUCUGUUCUUGGUCAGGGUUUUCCUUUUGUAAUAAAACACGUUUAUUUUUUCUA